UCAAUAUUGACGUAUAUUUACGUAUAACAAUUCUGCCAACGGAACGAGGUACUCUGUGAGUCUUGCGCGCUCGAGGUCUGAGCCUCAGUGUGCGCCGCGACUCGGUGGUGGACGCACGUCGCCGCCGCCUCGAGUGACGAGUGAUCGCAACCCUGUGAAGUGUCCGUGUCAGUGUUGUGAACGUGCUACUAACAGAUCCUAAUAAAACGGUGUCUGUGACCCCGUUACUUACUAUAGUGCACUGAAUUAGUUAUAUGCCGUUAUGAACAUGAAUGAACGUGUUUGAAAACGCAGGUAGUGAUGCGCCGGGGCAGACCGAGGCCGUGACGUCACGCCGCCAUGCCGCCGCUCGCGCUGUUGCUGCUGCUCCUAGUGCACGGGGACACCAAGACCGUGCAGCAGGACAAGCUCGCGGGCGUGCGAACGGUGGACGUCCAAGCCGUAGAGGGCAUGGUGGCGCAGUUCCCCUGCGACCUGGGCACCGCGGCUAACGACAAGGUCUACAUGGUAUUCUGGUUCCGGGACGAUGCUGGCAUCCCGUUGUACAGUUUCGACGUGCGAGGCAAGCCGCUCUCCGAAGCGCGUCACUGGUCCGCGCCAGAAGUAUUCGGGCCGCGCGCCCACUUCGCCACCUCGCCGCCGCCGGCCGCGCUCCUAGUGCGAGACGUCAAGCGGCGGGACGAGGGCGUGUAUCGGUGUCGGGUGGACUUUAGGAACACUCAGACGACUAGCUUUAGAUACAACCUCACUGUUGUUGUGCCUCCAGAAAAACCGGUGGUGGUGGACCGCUGGGGGCGCGUCAUCAAUACCACCACGUUGGGCCCGCACCAGGAAGGCGACGAUGUUCUGCUCACCUGCCGAGUGCUUGGCGGGCGACCAGAACCAACAGUCCGAUGGCUGGUCAACGGCGUUCUAGUAGACGCCGAAUAUGAACAGAACACCGGUGACGUCAUCGAGAACCGCCUCAUGUGGCCGGCGAUACGGCGCGCUGACUACGCCGCUGUGUUCACUUGUCAAGCUGCUAAUUCACAAUUAGUCCCACCACGAGAAGUGUCCCUAGUCCUGGAUAUGUUCUUGAGGCCACUAACAGUAGAAAUACGGAGGCCUACAGAAAUAGGCGAAGGAGGCUCUUUAACGGCCGAACGGCGGUACGAGGUGUCCUGCGAAUCGGCAGGAUCGAGGCCGCCUGCCGUUAUUACGUGGCACAAAGGCAAGCGGCUGCUAAAGCGGAUCACGGAGGAGGUCCGUGAUAACCUAACAGUCAGCGUAAUGAGCUUCGUUCCUACGCUGGAAGACGACGGCAAGGCGAUCACUUGUCGAGCAGAAAACCCCAAUGUGACUGCGUUACAUAUGGAGACUUCGUGGACGAUUAACGUUGUCUAUCCUCCAGUGGUGCGGCUUCGGCUAGGCAGCACGCUGGCUGGCGGAGACAUCAAAGAAGGCGACGACGUGUACUUCGAGUGCCACGUGCGUGCAAAUCCGGUCGCGCGCAAGCUCUCGUGGCUACAUGACGACCGGCCUUUAGCCCACAACGCGUCAGCGCGCGUGUUCCAUAGCAACCAGAGUCUCGUGCUGCAGAAAGUUACGAGGCACUCCUCGGGACGGUAUGCUUGCUCCGCGCUCAACGCGGAGGGAGAGACUGUCUCGAACGAGCUACACUUCCGUGUUAAAUACGCACCAUCAUGUCGCACCGGAGCUGGCUCGCCCUCCGGCGUGUCCGUAGUCGGCGCGGCGCGGGGCGAAGCCGUAGUCAUCGUGUGCGAAGUCGACGCAGACCCACCUGCAGCUGUGUUCAAGUGGAAGUUCAACAACUCGGGAGAGACCAUAGAUGUGGCUGCCGACCGGUAUACGUCCAACGGCAGCGCUAGUAGCCUGAAAUAUACGCCGGUGGCGGACUUGGACUACGGCACGUUAUCUUGCUCGGCGUCCAACGAGGUGGGCUCGCAGCUCGCGCCCUGUGUCUUCCAAAUGGUAGCUGCUGGCAAACCGCAUCCGCCUCGCAACUGCUCCUUAUGGAAUCAGACGGCGGAAUCAGUGGAAGUGGCAUGCCUGGCCGGCUUCGACGGUGGUCUGCCUCAGACUUUUCUGCUGCAGGUCUACUCUGCGGGCGAGAGCGUGCCCAGAGUGAACCUGUCGUCAGACGAGCCCUCAUGGACGGUGCGGGGUCUGGAGUGGGACGUGAGGUUCCGGCUGGAAGCCGUCGCGGUGAACGGGAAGGGCCGCAGCGCACCCGCGCGGCUCGACGACGUGCUGUUCCGGGAUCCUGAGAAGAGAACAGCAUCCGACACGGGGCUCGGCCUAGGCAGCACAGCAGGCGCCGUCGGCGCGCUCGGGCUCGGCGCCGGCGCCUGUGCGCUCCUCGUCGGCGCGUGCGCGCUGUCACGCCGACGCCGAUCGCGAGCCAAACCGCCGCCGGCGCCCGCGGUGCGCGCUACUAUGGCCCCUGCGCCCGUCGAGGACAUAAAGAGGCCUGAUCAUGAUGACGCCGAACCGGACCUAAUACCAAAUAAUUACUGCGAAUCAGCGGUGGGCAUCGGACGACUAACGGCAGCAUCCCCUGCGCGUACUGCGCCCGCGCCGCUUUCCACCCCAGCAAGUGCGUGCAACGGUCCCGGUGCAUCAUGGACGUGGGGCGCGCGGCCUCGUGAGCUCGCGGUCGGCGCACCGGCGCCGCCGCCAACAAUCGGCCGCAGCGCCUCCGCCACGCUGCGCGCCGCCGCCGAUCUCAACGUCGACGCUAUCAAAGAAAAACUGCUCGACCACCGGAUCCCCGAGUCUUGCGUCUAGUCUAAUUUAGGUGAAUACGGCGUGCCCCGUCGCUUUCGACAAAAAUGUUAUCACUCCAAUUACUUCGUCUCUCUGUCAGAGAACAUAGUUAUCAAUUUACGAAUAUGAUUGCUUUAUUCUUAUUUAUAGCAAUAUUGUACUUACAAAUAUGUACGUACCAUAUCAGAAAACAUAUCAAGCUUAAGUCCUUAAAUUCAGCCACGACAUUUUAUUGUACAUAAUCUCCUUUAGUCGAAUAGGUAACGAAAGCCUCGGAGGUGCUUUGUUGAACAAAGCGCUUGAAUUUCGCGAGCUCUGUCAACACACGCUGCAAUCAAUUUGAGUGGUGAGGUAACAAAAAUUCCGUUUAUGAGAGUAACAAAACAAGAAAUACUCCUGAAAGCCCGGGCGGAGCGUUCACGUUACAAUUUUAAUUUGUUAGCCAGCAUUAGAUCGCCGGCGGCGGGGCGUGCCGAUCCUUGUACAGUUGCGAUGUCCCUGUCUUGUAAAUGUGGUAGGUAGGAACCUCUCGGGGUGCAUUCUCUUCACUCAUUCCUUCAGCCGUGCGCUCGGAAUACCCUUGCAUAUAAAUGUUGCCAAUUUAUCCUAGUACCUUCGUUGUUUAUUUUGCUUAAAUAUUUACAUUUGUGUUGACCUCUGACCGCUAGGACUCUAUGGGUACGUAUAUGCCUUUAAGGCUAAAUUCGUAUCUAAGUAAUAGUCGUACCUGCUUCUGACAUCUCCUGAGACCCACUUUCCUAGCAAAUUAGCUUUUGAAUAAAAGAGUUGGGCAUUCCGAGCGUAUAUUUCCGAAAUUGAAGACUAACAUAUUAAAUUACAUAGUUUUAUUGACGAAUCGUAUGUAAAUAGUAUUUGUAAGCGACUGAAUCUUUGCCACUUUUUUACAUGUCUACGAACUCUAGCCCGCUCGCGGUGCGCGAUGUCAUUAGUUUAAAUGGAUUCAUCGUUAUCUGUAUAAAUAUCAUAAUACAUUUAUGUAAAUAAAAUUUGUACUUGACUCUUAAGGUUUUAAAGUCGGCUUGGAAGCGCGAACCGGCCACUUGCGAGACAUUCUCGCCGAAUUCACAUUUGACAUUAGACGCAAAGCAAAGCAAGUCAAACGAAAUGAAGAGACAUCACGUUGGUGGAAAAGUUUCGCAAUUAGGCUGCCGUGAGUAUUGUCGCGCGCGGUUCACUGUACAUAUUAUUUACACCCAAGCUCUGACGAUUUAACUCCUACUUUAUGUCCAGAGAAUUGUAUGUGACGUGAGAAAAGUCUGCCGCAUUGCUCGGCCAAUACGGGAAUGCUCGUUCGAACACAUAGAUCAACGGUCGGCAACCUGCGGCCCGCGGGCCGCAUGUGGCUCGUGAACCUGUCACUUGCGGCCCGAGAGCCGCCUUGGCUAUUUUUAUUUAUGUAAUAGUGACAAACGACAAUGUCUCAUAAAGGUAUAAAUAUUAACAAAGUACGGCCCGCGUCACCUCCGUUAACUACAAUUUGGCCCUUGGCUGCUAAAAGGUUGCCGACCGCUGACAUAGAUAAUUGCAAAUUCAGGAUUCAGGAGGUGCGCGCAAGGAACGCCGAUUAGAAAACGAUCUUAAAAACCCGAUGUAAACUUGAUCCCAUUUUUAUAUUACAGGACCGUGCGUCCCACUUGCGGGUAAUAAUAUAAACAACAAUUAAUCUAAAACAGAUAUAUGAACUUAAAACACCUCUAGGUGUUUUAAUUUAGGUUAUCUGAAACAUCCAUGCACGUUAAUUUCCCGGACGUUUUUAAUUCUGUUACGAGGCAUUUAAAACAAGCCCGAAGCCGUCUCUGCGAAAUCACGGGAAAAUUAACUUGAUUACGGAGUCAAAAUUACGUCAAUUUUAUUUUUACAAGCGAAAACUGAAGCAUUUAUCAGUGUGUUCGAACGAAAAUUUAAAUUCACAAGUUGGAGGUAGCAUUACUGAAAUGAAAACAUAUCUUUCUGGCGCAGCCGACGCAACGGAGCGUAUCACGUAAAUAUCAGUAUUGUAUAAAAAAACAGAGGUUUUAUUGUGUCGCCUUCUACGGUCGGCGGGUAGGUAAAUGAUUGUUAGGUAAUUUUAAUUUGUAAGUAAGAGAUUUGUUAUUAUAAUGUUUAACAGCUCGAAGAGUUCGCCCUACUGUUGACUUAUUUAUUUACUUUGAUGAAAGAUUAAAGGUUGUCUUGAAGUA